AGCGAGAGGAGAGACAGCACCGACUAGCCUACGCGAAGACACUCUCGAGGGCGAGAGUGGAUGCUGGCAUCCAAUAUACAACCCGAACAGUCUAUAGGUGACCACAGUGUUUGAUGUUCAGGGAUUAACCAAGAACGUGGUGGACUGGAGAGUAUUGUGGCUUUUUUUUUCCAGCGAGGGAACUCGUCCCUCAGUAUGAAAUGAAAAUGAGGAUGAGGAGUUGAUUCGGGUAGUUAAGCACAUAAAAGGUAAAUAUUUUAAACUAAUUAUCAUUGCAGUUAAGUAUUAGAUUAGAUGAAAAAUGGCUUUAUUGCUGGAUAAAAGUACUCCAGCACUUUUACUUGUAUGGGCAUACUGUGUAUUGGCUGAUACAGUAUUCACGAACUUUACCCUGGACAAUGAAGUUCAUUCGAGUUUCAUCCACCGGCGACUGAAGAGUCAGGAGCGGCGCGAGAUGCAGCGGGAGAUUCUGUCUAUACUUGGGUUGCCGCAUCGACCACGGCCGCACCUCCAUGGGAAGCACAACGCCGCACCGAUGUUCAUGCUGGACCUUUACAAUGCCAUGUCCACGGAGGGAGAUGAGGAUGGCCACCCGUAUCCAUUCAAGCCUGUCUUCACGACGCAAGGGCCGCCAAUUGCGACUCUGCAGGACAACAACUUUCUUAACGACGCCGAUAUGGUUAUGAGCUUUGUUAAUUUAGUGGAGCACGACAAAGAGUUCCUGCCCGUGCGGCGGCACCACCGGGAAUUCCGCUUCGACUUGUCCAGGAUUCCAGAGGGGGAGGCGGUCACUGCCGCCGAGUUCCGCAUCUACAAGGACUUCAUCCAGGAGCGCUUGGACAACGAGACCUUCCGCAUCAGUGUCUACCAGGUGCUGGAGGAACACUCGGACAGAGAGUCGGACCUCUUCCUGCUGGACUCGCGGGUCAUCUGGGCGGCCGAGGAGGGCUGGCUGGUGUUUGACAUCACCGCCACCAGCAACCACUGGGUCCUGAACCCCGGCCGCAACCUGGGCCUGCAGCUGUCCCUGGAGGGAGUGGACGGCCAGAGCGUGAACCCACGGACGGCGGGCCUGAUCGGGCGCAACGGGCCCCAGAGCAAGCAGCCCUUCAUGGUGGCGUUCUUCAAGGCCACCGAGGUGCACAUCCGCAGCGUGCGCUCCACCCAGGGCGGCUCCAAGACACGCAAGGCCAAGGGGCCCAAGGGCCAGGAGGCACUACGAGUGGCCAACAUCGCCGAGAACAGCAGUGCGGAUCAGAAGCAGGCUUGUAAGAAGCAUGAGCUCUAUGUGAGCUUCAGGGACCUGGGGUGGCAGGACUGGAUCAUCGCUCCUGAGGGCUACGCUGCAUACUACUGUGAGGGAGAGUGCGCCUUUCCUCUCAACUCCUACAUGAACGCCACCAACCACGCCAUCGUGCAGACACUGGUCCAUUUCAUCAACCCAGAUAUGGUGCCCAAGCCGUGCUGUGCGCCCACGCAACUCAACGCCAUCUCCGUCCUCUACUUUGACGACAGCUCCAACGUCAUCCUCAAGAAGUACCGCAACAUGGUGGUGAGAGCCUGCGGGUGUCACUAGACCCUCUACCAACGCCUCAGAGAUCAGCUCGGAGCACACACACACACACACACACACACACACACACACACACACACACACACACACACAUACACACACACACACACACACACACACACACACACACACACACACACACACACACACACACACACACACACACAAUCACACACACACACACACACACACACACACACACACACACACACACACACACACACACAAUCACUCUCACACACACACACACACACACACACACACACACACACACACACACACACACCGAAACACAGACUUCCACACACACAUACACACACACACACACACACACACACACACACCUGAAGGACUGCUGGUAUUGUCGGACUAUAGAGAUGGGGCUGCUGGACCUGGACAUGAGAGCAGUGCGGGCGUGGCAGGCACUAUCAGUCUGCCAGCCUAAUCAAUGGCUGUUCUCACUACAUAGGCACAUACACACACACACACACACACACACACACACACACACACACACACAAGGUAGAGGCUUCAGAAGAGUGAAACAUUUUGCAAAAAACGAUGGACCUCUCUCUCUCUUACUCACACAGACACACACACACACACACACACACACAGAGAGACACACACACAGACAGCAUCUUCAUCUUUCACAAACCAUUUCUCUCUCACACAUACACUCACAGAUGGGUGCAACCACGUGUGCACACACACUUGUCCGAUCCCUGUGCUUUCUACUGUGUAUUAUGAGGAGACAUUUUAAGAAGUGAUUGUAUUGAAAUACACAGAAGACAGUCUUUUUAUGAUUUUUUUUUUUACGUCAAAAUGUUUCCUAUUCCCAAAAAAAUAUUUUGCUUGUCUCGAUGAUUAAAAAGGCUGGGCUACAUGAGAGAGAGAACAACUUUAUGAACUGUUUUUGUACAAAAUUGUGUAAAUAGUUUUCUUUUUUCACAGAAAGUUCAAAAUAAAAAGUGUAUUUAUUUCCUGG